AAAGCGGAGAGCGGCCAUUUCUUCGUCGACCCCGUCGUCUCCUCGCGGUCGUGCGCCGUCGUCCUUGUCGUCCUCGUCGUAGCCGUCCAAAGAAGAAGGAUUCCACGCGGGGUUCCUCGUUUUUAUCCGAGACACCCGGGACGGACGGAUACUUCGGUCAGAAGCGCUCGGUCUCCUCUCCCUCGCUCGCUUUCUCGAUCGAUCCUCGGACGGCGCCCCGACUCGCUGGAUAAGGGAUUGUUCGUGGAGGGCGGCGGCGCGCGAGUCUUGUUUGGUAGGCUCGGUGGUUGAUUGAUUCGGUUGGCGUAGAGAGGGUUUAGGAGGGAGCGAUGGAGGAGAAGGCGGCGAAGAUGGAGAAGCUCUCGUCGGCGGCGGCGUUCGUGGAGGGCGGCGUGCAGGACGCCUGCGACGACGCCUGCAGCAUCUGCCUCGAGGCCUUCUGCGACAGCGAACCCUCCACGGUGACAGGCUGCAAGCAUGAGUUCCAUCUCCAAUGCAUCCUUGAGUGGUGCCAGAGAAGCUCCCAAUGUCCCAUGUGUUGGCAGGCAAUCAGCAUGAAGGACCCUCUGAGCCAAGAGCUGCUUGAAGCUAUUGAACAAGAGAGGAAUGUGCAAGAAAAUCGCUCACGCGCGACAGCCGUUUUUCGUCAUCCAAUGCUCGGACAUUUUGAGGUACCAGUUGGUACAGAUGAUGCUGAGCUUGAAGAACGUAUCAUGCAACACCUGGCUGCUGCUGCUGUGGCGCGUAGGUCGCAGCGCCAUGGUAGAAGAGAAGGGCACCGCAGCAGAUCAGGAGCACAUGGUCGCACACAAAUUGUAGUAUAUUCGACAGCCGAGACUACCUCUAGUGACCCUGUGCCUUCAGAUUCCCAGCAAGAAGUGGGCAGUGAGCAUUCUCCUGCUAUAAUCUCUGCUCAUCGCUCUGCUCCUGUCGUUGCUGUCAAUGACAUGGAAGAAGCAUCUGCUGACACAUCUGUGCAUGCCAAUACUUCUGGCAACCAUCCUGACGGAUCAAAUUACAGAAUUUCUGGCAAUGGAUCAUCACUGGCCAACGAAGAUGGAGCUGGGCCAUCUGACUUGCAGUCGUUCCCGGACACGCUCAAGACUCGCUUGCAAUCGGUUUCAAUGAAGUACAAGGACUCGAUAACGAAGAACACGCGCGGAUGGAAGGAACGAUGGCUCUCAAGGAGCGACACGAUAUCGAACAUUGGUUCCGACGUGAGGAGGGAGGUCAACGCCGGGCUCGCCGCCGUGUCCCGCAUGAUGGAGCGGCUAGAAACUAGGGACGACAAUGGCACUGGACCCUCGUCGGCUGCUUCAAGCAAUGCUCCUUCUGCUUCAGAUACAGAUGACCGCCGGGCCGCAUCUUCCAGCCCCGGUGCUGACGAUGCGUCAUCUUCGGCAACUUGUGCGUCAACCAGAUCUGGUCCACAAUGAACCCUCCUAUACCUUCGCAAAAGGAACUUGUUUUCAGGUUCAUGAUUAGCCUGGCAUCGCGUACCAACAAAACAAUGGCAUGUGUUUGAUAUGUGCAACCAAAGAUGCAGUUGUAAAGAACUGGUAGCAAGGAUGUACACGAGGGGGUGGUGCAACAGCCAUCACACAGCAGCCCUUGUUUGUUUCUGUCUCCCCUGAGGCCAUCUGAUGAGUAAAGGAACAUCACAACGACCACACAAGUGAGCUGAGAUCCAUGUCUGCAUAGACUCUUGUAAUAGUAAUAGAGCCAAAGAAUAAAUAGCAACUGCACAGAGAAUUUGCUGUAUACAUAUAUUUUUUAUAAAAGUUUUCUGCAAUGAA